AGGGGCCGGCCCGGGGCGGUGCGGACAGGGACGGGCGGUGCGGGAAGGGGAAGGGGCCGGCCCGGGGCGGGCGGUGCGCGAUGGGGUCCCGCCGCCCGCGGGCCUGACCCGCCGGCCCGGCAUGGCGGGCAUCAUCAAGAAGCAGAUCCUGAAGCACCUCUCCCGGUUUACCAAGAAUCUCUCUCCAGACAAAAUCAACCUGAGCACGCUGAAGGGCCAGGGGCAGCUGACCAACCUGGAGCUGGAUGAGGAGGUGCUGCAGAAUGUUCUGGAGCUGCCCACCUGGCUCGCCAUCACCCGGGUCUACUGCAACAAGGCCUCCAUCAGGAUCCAGUGGACAAAGCUGAAAACACACCCAAUCUGCCUGUACCUGGACAAGGUGGAGGUGGAGAUGAGGACGUGUGAGGAGCCUCGGCCGCCCAAUGGACAGUCCCCCAUCGCCCUUGCUGCUGGACAGAGUGAAUAUGGCUUUGCUGAGAAGGUCGUGGAGGGGAUGUUUAUUGUUGUCAAUUCCAUCACCAUCAAGAUUCACUCCAAGGCCUUUCAUGCUUCUUUUGAGCUGUGGCAGCUCCAGGGCUACAGUGUCAACCCCAACUGGCAGCAGAGUGACCUGCGCCUCACCCGCAUCACGGACCCGCAGAGGGGAGAGGUUCUGACGUUCAAGGAGCUCACCUGGCAGACCCUGCGGAUAGAGGCAGAUGCCACGGAGAAUGGGGAUCAGGAUCCUGUCACCACUCCUCUGAGACUCAUCACCAACCAGGGGAGGAUCCAGAUCUCUCUCAAGAGAAGGACCAAAGAUUGCAACGUGGUGGCCUCCAAGCUGAUGUUUCUGCUGGAUGACCUGCUCUGGGUGCUGACAGACUCUCAGCUGAAAGCAAUGAUGAAAUAUGCUGAGUCUCUGAGUGAAGCCAUGGAGAAAUCUGCUCAGCAGAGGAAAAGCUUGGCACCAGAGUCUGUACAGACCACCCCCCCUGCUCCCAGUGCCCAGCAGUCGUGGGCUCAGCCCUUUGGAGCCAGCCCCAACGCCAGCAGCAUCGGGCAGUACUUUGACAAGCACGACAUGAAGGAAUCCUCCUACCACCUGCUCAUCUCCCGCCUGGACCUGCACAUCUGUGACGACAGCCACGCCCGGGAGGCAGGUGCUCUGAAGCAUGGGAUGCUGGGUGGUGCCAUCCAGCUGACCUUCAGGAGGAUGGCUUUUGAUUAUUAUCCUUUCCACAGGGCAGGAGAUGCCUGCAAGCAUUGGGUGAGGUACAGUGAAGCAAUGGAGACUCGGGGACAGUGGGCAAAGAAGUUGGUCAGUGAAUUUCAAAGCAAGAUGGAGAAGUUUUAUGAAGAAACAGACCCUGUGUUUGCCAGGACUCCACUUUCCCCUUUCAAAAAGAAACCAGAGGCUCCCCAGAGUGGCCAGAGGAGCCCCCCAGAGAAGGGCCGGGCUCCCCCCACGAGUCUCCCGCGGCUGCGGCACCCGCCCUGGCAGCGGCUGCGCUCCAGCUGCCUGCUGGUCAGGGUGGAUGACCUGGAUGUGCACCAGGUCUCUACAGCGGGGCAGCAAAGUAAGAAACCCUCCACCUUGCUUUCCUGUAGUAGAAAAAUCUUCAAACUCCCUGACCAGGUCUCUGCAAUCCAUAUUGAAUUCACAGAAUAUUACUUCCCAGACAAUCAGGACUUUCCAGUUCCAUGCCCAAACCUGUACAUGCAGCUGAACGGCCUGAUGCUCACCCUGGACACACCGAGUGUGCUCUGGAUAAACCUCUUCUGCCUGGACCUGUGUCGCAGCCUGGAGCAGUUCAAAGCCAUCUACAAGCUGGAGGACUCAGGCAAGCGGGAUGAGCACGUGGACGUCCGGCUGGACGGCUUCAGGCUGAAGCUCAGCAUCCCCGUGGAUAAGAAAGUCACGGAGCACCGGGACCGGCCACAGGCCCUGUGUGUUUGCAUGGCAGAGGUGACAGCCACCAACACCCGCCACGCUCCCUCCUGCAGCUGCCAGGACCUGCAGAGCCUCUUCCGGAAAUUCGCGGGCUCGCAGUUCUUCCACUCCAGCUAUGCCCAGUUCCCCCGGGGGCAGGACAGGUUCAGCCUCCUGCACACCCUGUUCCUGCGCCACGCCUACCACGUGGAUGACAGGCCACAGAAGCACCCAGGCUUUCCCCAGCUGCCUCACAAAACCUCUGCCUCGGAGGAUCUGUGGUCUGUGAAUUUCAGUGAGCUCUCGCUGGGAUUUGAGGGGGCUGAAAGCUCCAAGGGCAGAGUCCUUAGCUUUAUUGACCCUUUUCCCCUUUCCAUAUGGGCCUGCCUGCCCAAGAGGUGGGGGCAAGCUCAGAUAUCUAAACGACAGGAACUGGCCACCUCUGAGGUGAAAAUCAAGCCUUCUGCCAGCUUUAGCAACCACUCCAAGAACGAGAACCUUUCCAGAGAACACGGUGUUUGUCAAAGAUCAAAGACUGACCAGGAUCUGAGGAAUAUCUAUAAGGCUCCAGACACGAUGGAUGUCUUGGGAGAAUCUGACUGUGAAGUUGAUGAUGGAGUAGACAGUAAAGAGCUGGAAGCCUCUGCUGAUAUCCACGUGCUCAUGUCCUCCUCUGUCCACGUCAAAGUUCGGCUCAACCACUACCAGUACUUGGUGCUGCUCAGGAUGAAGGAAGUUCUGCAAGCACUACAGGAGCAGCUGGCCCAAGAUACCCAGGAAAUGACCGGGUCUCCUUUAGAUCCCAUGUCUGCUUGUGUGGGAGUUAUGUUCCACAGUGCAGAGGUGGCCCUGCUCAUGGCCCCUGCUCCAGGGUCUGUCCUGGAGCCCAGGUCCCUGGACUCGGACACAACCAGCCUGAUCGAGUCUGAGCUCUCACCCUCCGACAGCAAGGAGGGGCUGGCAGCUGAAGAGAAGGAGCUGAAAUCAGAGAGCAGUUCGGAGAAGGGCUUGGGCAGCACCUCAGAGCUCCCAGAGGACAGUGGGACCCAGGACACUGGUGCCAGUGUCCAGCUGGAGAGGCUCCCGAGGUCCGCGAGCGACGGAGCCCUGGGCGCAGCUCCCCGCGGUAAGGGCGCAGAGGAGAAAGGCUUGAUAGAGGAAGCACACGAAGCUGUGGAAGCCCUGGCUGCAGAAAGACCAGCAGAGAGCAGCAGCCACCCUCAGAGCCCCCCUGCUCUCCCUUCCAGCCCAGCCUCGGACACUCAGCCCUCGGGCAGAGGCGUCGCCCUCAAUGGCCAGGCAGAGCUGAUCCCGCUGCGCAGCAUCGAGGAGGAGCUCUCCAGUGCCCUGCACAUCACCAAGGACGCCACGAAGGAAGCUCUGCACGCCACCAUGGACCUCACCAAGGAGGCCAUGUCCCUCACCAAGGAUGCCCUGAGCCUGAGCCGGGACAAGAUGACCUCCACCAUGCAGAGGAUGCUGUCCCUGCCCCCGGCCAGGGAUUCUGUGCCCAAGGCAGAGGAGGGAGCGGUGACCCCGGGCGGGGCGGGCAGCGGCCGGAUGCGAUUCUUCUCCAUGAAGAGAACCUCAUCCCAGCACUCCUUUGACACCACAUCCGUGGAUGGGAGUGGCCCUGAGGACGGGCUGUCCGUGGACAGCGAUGGCAGCGAUGGCUUCGUGAUGCUCACAGACUCUGAACCCAGCCUGGACCCCCUUUCUUCAGGGCAGCUUCCCCAGGCCCACACUGACACGGGCAGCAGAAGCAGCCUGGUGGCAGAGGACGAGGGUGGAGUGUCCCCUGAGGUGAACAGCUCCACGUCCCAGAGUGAAGAGCCCAGUCUGCAGCUGGUGUCUGUCCUCGUGCUGAAGAUGAAUGAGGUGAACUGUGCAAUAGAGGUACAAGGAGAUGAUUUGUCUGUGGCUUUACAAGUGAUGAACGUGGUUCCAGAGCAGCUGAACAACGUUGGCAUGUGGCAGUUCCUGCGUGGCUACGUGGCUGCAGGGGACGCGGGUGUGGAGAAGGCAGCGGGGCCUGGGCAGCCCCAGCCCGAGGUGUGCCUGCGCCUGCAGUCGGGGCCGGCCCAGCGCAACGGCUUCCUGCAGCUGCUGCUGCACAGCCCCUGCACCCAGCUCUGCACCUCCUGCCUCGCCAGCCUGGCGCCCUUCCUGGAGGAUGAAGUCAUCCCAGAGGUCAUCCCCAUGGAGAUAGAGGUGGUGGAUGCCAAAAUCACCUUGAAGGAUGACAGCCCCCCAGUGUACCCCACGUCCCCUGGCCCUGUCCCCAUCACCUUGGCAAUGGAUCACCUCGUGGUGAGGCGCAGGGAUGACGGUGUCUUCUAUCUCACAGCUUCCCAGGGGAAGGACUCAGUGAAACAGGAAAAACCUGUGUCAGUCCCUGAGGAGCAGAAGGCCCCAUCAGAGUCUGUCUCACCAGCCCCAGCAGCAGGAGCACGUGGGCUGCAGCUCAAGCAGGUGCCAGAGCUGCAGAGGGAGCUCCAGACCUUGAAACUGGCCCUGGCAGAAGCCAACAUGGACAAGGCUCGUCUUCUGCAGGAGAUCAGGAAGUACAACCCCCUGUUCCAGCUCUGACAGUGCCAGGGACAGGCCACCAGCACCAGCAGGGCAGGUUUGGUCAUUUCGCUGCCAAACGGGUCCAACCCAGGACUGGAACCAGCUGUGACUGCAGAGACUGGGCAGGGAGGGAGGGAGGGAGGGGCCUGGCUGAGGGAAAUGGGAGCUGUGAGGAGGAGUUUGCUCUGCUCUGGCCAGCCCACAACCACCAGGUCAGAUUUGGGGGGGCACACCCCAUGUCUCCUCAUCUCUGGGUGUUUUUCAGCCUCCAGCUUUUGUGGUGACUUCUGGAGAUGUUCCAUGCUGGGGUUUCUGCUCCUUUCACCCUUCCUAGCUGUGUUCUUGCCCAGCUCUGCACACCAGGGCCCACAGCAGGAGCAGGGUGGUCACCUCAGCCCCUGGGCAGUGCAGGACAGCGGGGGCAGAAAGGGCAGGGCUCUGCUGGGAGAGCAGGGCUGCUGUCACUGGAACCAGGGAUGGCAUUCCCACUGUGGAGUGAGGGCACACAGCUCACUAUUCCCACAAGAACAGGGUCGGGAUAGUCCAGAAAUUCCUUCCUUUUCAUAAUUCCUUGUGGAGAGGUGGAUGCAGCGUAUGAGACUUCAUUCCCACUUUAUCCCACAAUGUUUGGCUUGAUUGGUGCAGGAGUUAAUUCCUUACAAGGCACUGUUUAAACUUUUACUAUGAAAGAACAGGGUGAGGGAGGUUGGUUCAGUCUCAGGUGAUGCCCUGGGUGUUUUUUGGGGUGCACCUUGUCCUCAGAGCUUUGUGUGCCCCAGUUCCCCAGUGGGGAGGAGGAGGAGGAGCAGCUCUGGCUGCUGAGGAAGGAGCUGGGGGUUUCCAGCACUGGGUGGGAUCUCAGCAGGGCUGAGGGGCUGCUGGGGAUGGGACCCCAGAACCUGCCAGCCCUGCUCCCAAAAGGAAACCACUGGAGCAGCUCCCUGGGAGCACUGCUGCAUUUUGUGUCACCAAACCUUUGUGCUGCUCCCUCUCCCCGGGGGAGCUCUGAGAACUGCUUGCCUGAGGUGGAAUGCCACGGCGUUCCUGCUUUUUCUUCAUUCAUUGCUUGAAAAUGGGAGGUUUCCCUCUUCUGCUUUUUUGAAUUUUCAUGACAUUUUGUGUGUGGGAAGGGUAUGCCAAGGGUGUGCCCAGCCUGCAGGGUCCCACAGCUCCUCCCACUGAGGCUGGGCACAGCUGGGGCCAGGUUGUUUACAGCAAAUUCCUGCUCCAGCACCUUCAGUCCGUGGGUUUUGUGGAAGAAUCCAAACAUUUCCUUUGCUUUGAAGGCCCAGUAAAAAGGAGUGUCACCCAAAACCUCCUGGGUCCCCCCAGGUUGUAAAUAUCAAAGUUUACUUUGUGGAGCCUCUGGUUCAAGGAUUCUUGCAGUGUUCCAGGGAGCCCUGCCUGGCACAGCAGAGCACUCAGCAGCUCUCCCAGGGGCAGGAGCAGCUCCCUGGGAGGGGAUGGGGGAAUGUGCAAGGCUGAAUUGAAUUUGAAUUUUAGGCAGCAUUGCAACUCUGCUGCAGUUUGUUUCCACUGAUGCAUUUAUUGGUUCUGUGAACCAGGAGCAGAAUUAAACUCAUUAACCAGG